GUUAUUUUUCUACGUCCUCCCCUGUACGAUGGUUGUUCAUCAUAUACGUUGCUACGUUCGCGAGCACUGCGAGAGUAUUGAUCUUUCACGUUAUUGCUGAAUUAAAAGUGAAAUUCGGAUUCCUCAACAAACCACCGCCAAUGCGCCUCAAUUGUCAUCAAAAAGUCUUCUGUAGUUGAAAUAAUGCCCAAGGAGACAGUGACGCCUUCGGACAUUGAAAAGUGCAACUACCCACAGGACGAUCGUUUGCGAUCAUAGUUGAAAGAAAGAAACAAAACACCAUAAACGAAACACGAUCAUCUCGAAGGAAUAACGAACGGUGCAAUGAGCCUGAAAACGAGAGGAAUCGUCUUUGCCACCUUUUUCGGUAGCUGUUUGAUCGUGGGUUUGCUGGUGGCAGCACUAACGACCGACAACUGGGUGCAGGCUAAUGCCAAACGGUACAAUUCGAGUGAAUCGCAAGGACGAAUUAACUUUGGGUUGUUUAGCGGUCAGAAGCAUUUGAACGUAGCGUAUGGCUGGCGGAGACAUGAUGUAGAUGUGCUUGCCGUGUUGCAGGAGGAACCGGAUGUCAUGAGCUACUGGUUGUGGCUUGGAACAGCCAUCGGCACUGGACUAGGAGCGCUGGGUGGUGCGUUGGUGCUGUAGCCUCCGUUCUCAAAUCAUCAUCCGCAUCGAAGAAAACCGGCACCAUGGUGGUGCUAUUCGC